AUGGCGGCGGCGGAGCCCGGGAUGAAGCAGUUCAAUGGCGGCGGUGGCGCCGCGCCGGACGCGGAGCGUGGCCGCUUCCCGCACUGCGUGGUGUGGACCCCGAUCCCCGUCCUGACGUGGCUGUUCCCCAUCAUCGGGCACAUGGGCAUCUGCACCUCGGCCGGCGUCAUCCGCGACUUCGCGGGGCCCUACUUCGUGUCUGAAGACAACAUGGCGUUUGGGAAGCCUGUGAAGUACUGGAAACUGGAUCCCAGCAAAGUCUUUGCCACCGGUGCCAACGCGUGGGACACGGCCGUGCACGACGCGUCCGAGGAGUACAAACACCGCAUGCACAACCUUUGCUGUGACAACUGCCAUUCCCACGUGGCUCUGGCCUUAAACUUGAUGAGAUACGAUAACAGCACCUCGUGGAACAUGGUGAAACUGUGCUUCUUCACACUGCUCUAUGGGAAAUACGUCAGCAUAGGGGGGUUUGUGAAGACCUGGCUGCCCUUUCUGCUCUUCCUGGGGGUGAUUGUGACCGUGGUUCUCACCCUGCACCUGCGGUGAUGGCAGCCCUGCCCCCCGAGCACACAAAGGAUAAACUGUGACUGAUCCAGCAGGAUGGAGGCCUGCGACUCUGGGAGCCUUUUCCAGGGAAGGGGCAGCCCCACUGCAUCGUGCCAGCUCAUCUUUGUCUCCUGGAGUUGGCUUCUUUUCCUCCUGUUUCUGUUCUGUCGACGGUGUCUCCCAGUGUCAGGGGUCUGGAAGCUUCUGCUCUCUCCCUUUCUGCAGCUGGGGAGGUGGGGGUGGGAUCAGGGCACGGCAGGGGUGGGCACCUUUGCUCUCAGUGCCAAAAAAAGCCUCAAGGCAGGCUCUGCCUCCUGCAGUGGCACGAGCAGACGCACCUUGGGAGGGUCUCUCUGAUCACCUGCUCUCCUCCUCUCCACCAGAUGCUUCCUCCAGUCCCCUGGGUCUCCAGUCAGGAGUUGCUGUUUUCCCUGUGGCACAUCUCUCCAGUAGCACACAUUCCAGAGGGAAGUGGGGGGUUGUUCCUGGGAGGAGGGGCUGCCCCAGCACUCAGCCAUGGCCCCCAGCAGUGGCAGGAGGAUGAUGGGGUGGGACACUCCUGAGGGACGCUCUGUGGCAGGGCCAGCUCCCCUGGUCCUGCUGCUGAGCCUGGAAAGGCAGGAAAGCCAAAGGGCUGCCUUGGGAAGGGCUCGUGGCAGGGUGCCCCCCUCCAGGAGCCUGCUGCAGCUUUGGGAGGCAGCCCUUUGUCCCUUUUAGCUUGUGCCAGAGAAAAUAUCACUCCCCUGCUUCUCCUCGGGCUCUCGGUUGCUAAAUCUGGCACUGCAAUCCUCACAAGGCUCUUGUUCCCCUUUGAUCCCCGUGCAGCUGGAGCAGAGAGGCCGAGCCUGGGGCUGCAAAACCUCAGUGGGAGCAGCACCUGAGCCUAGAGCUGAAAGGAGGAGGUGAAGGGCUGGAAGUUGCCUGUCUGGCUGGGCUUUGCAAACUGGGGCAGUGGCUGGUGAUUGAGGAAUGGCUUAGGGAGCUUUGGAGAGCACACCUGGGCACAGGUGCUGUGCAGGGAUUGGUGUGAGGAGCACAGCUCAGGCAGGGUGGGCUGUGGGAUGGGAGUUGUCCCUGAGUGCCAGGCAGGAAAGGAGUUUGGAUAUCACCUGGAACCCCAUCUACAGCUGGGUCUGCUCUGCAGGUGCUGAUUUUGGAGGGCUCUGAGCCAGGGGAAUUUUAAAGCCAAGCCUGGGCUGAAGGUUCUUGUGCAGCUGAGCAGGUCCCUGCUGACUGCAGAGGUGGGAGCAGAGCUUUUCCAUUCACACCUGAAAAACCAGCUCAUUACUCCAGAACCUGGUGGAAUCCAAGGAAUCCAGUUCGGGGAGUGCUCGUGGCCAGCAGGAAAGGUUUUCUGGGGUCCCAGCCCUGCCUGCAGCUUCCUCUGACUGGAGCCCACUCACUGUCAGCCUGCUGGCUUUCAGACCCCUCCCCGUGUGCCUCUCCCUGACCCCCCCAGCCCUGUGGGAGGGUUGGACCCUCCUCCCGAGCUCUUUUCUGUGUUUUCUCCUCUUCCUCAGUCACUUUUAAAUCACCCCUUACUCCUGCUGCUCCUUGUUGUCCCUGUCCCACCCCUGCUCUGUGCAGCCCUUCCCUGCCUGUGUGGAGAGUGGGAUGGAGGGUGCUGGGCCUGGGGCUGCUGAGCGCCGAAAUCCCGACCGGAGCGAGCCUGGGUGAGAGGAUGGAGUGUGUGAGCUCUGUUCUCAGCCAGCCAGAGGGGACUGAGCGCUUUCCCUGCGUGUGGCUUUCCUGUGAUUCCUUGGAGUGCCCGGCCCCGGGGCUGGCUCCACCCUCAGCAAUAACCUCGAGCCCCUGGGCCCGUCCCGUCCGUGUUUCAUCCAUGAGCUCUGCAAGAAUUGCCAAAGCUGAGACUUGGGGGUGUCGGGGGCCCCCGGACUUCCAAAUCCCCACUGUAAAAUUCCCUCUCGUUUGCUCCUGAUGCUUUUUACCAGAGCAGAGUUUGGAAUGGCGAGGGCGAGCCCCCAUCCCUCAUCCUUUGUUCCCUUCAUCUCUGCGGGGCGCUGGAUUUCUUUGUAAAUAUUUAAACUCUGCUUCUGUGGUUUCAUAAUCCCGACGGCAGGGAAAUAAACUGAUUUCUGUGGAUAUCUCCAA